AUGCGGAAACUCAAACCAACCCAACUGUUGAAACACUUUCCCUCCUCUGCUCUUCAUGUCUUGACUUAUUCAACUUCUAACUACCUUAACUGUCACUUAGAUUUCUUCCUUUCCACCAACAGCUUCUCAUCAACUCUUCAAUCCCUUCUCCAAUCCCAUGCUCUCAUUAUCACCAGCGGCAACUCAAACCAUAACAUUUUCAUUGCCUCAAAGCUCAUCUCUUUAUAUGCCCUUUUCAACAAACCCCAUUUUUCCACCAAAGUUUUUGAUUCACUUUCCAUCAUAAAGGACACUUUUCUUUGGAAUUCAAUUAUCAAAUCCCAUUUCUCUAAUGGAAACUACUCUGAAUCUUUUGACUGCUAUCUUAAAAUGAGGUUGUGUAACACCCCACCUAAUGAUUUCACUAUUCCCAUGGUUGUUUCUGCCUGUGCUGAGCUGAGGUGGGAAGUUUGUGGGAGAUAUGUUCAUGGGUUGGUCUUAAAAUUUGGCCUUUUCGCAGAGAAUUCCGCGGUUGGGUCUUCUUUUGUGUAUUUGUAUGCAAAGUGCGGCUCAAUGGGGGAUGCUUGUCUUGUGUUUGAUAAAAUUAUUGUUAAAGAUGUUGUUGCUUGGACAGCUCUUGUAAUUGGGUAUGUACAAAAUGGGGAGAGUGCGAAGGGUUUGGAGUGCCUUUGUGAUAUGCAUAGAGAUGGUGAAGAAAGGCCAAAUUUUAGGACUUUGGAAGGUGGGCUUCAGGCUUGCGGAAAUUUGGGUGCUUUGGACGAAGGUAAGUGUUUGCAUAGUUUCGUGGUGAAAACUGGACUUGGGUUUUAUCCAGUUGUUCAAUCUUCGAUUUUAUUUAUGUAUUCUAGGUGUGGCAGUGUUGGGCAUUCAUAUGCUUCCUUUUAUGAAGUUGUCGAUAAAGAUAUUAUCUCAUGGACAUCGGUUAUUGGUGUGUAUGCUAGAUUUGGGUUUAUGAAGGAAUGCUUAGAUUUGUUUUGGGAAAUGCAGGAUGAUGGUUUAUGUGCAGAUGGAAUUUUGAUUAGUUCAAUCCUUUUGGGUUUUGGGAAUUUCAUGAGUGUAUGUGAUGGAAAGGCCUUUCAUGGAUUAAUCAUAAGGAGGAAUUUUCUGUUAGAUCAACUGGUCCAUAAUGCAUUGUUAUCCAUGUACUGCAAGUUUGGACUGCUAUCUAUAGCAGAGAAGCUCUUUAGCAUAAUACCUAGCCAUAGCAAACAGUCCUGGAAUAUAAUGGUUGCUGGAUAUUCUAAGAUGGGACAAGAAGCAAAAACAAUAGAAUUGUUUAGGGAGAUGCAACAACUGGGUGUUGAAAUUGAUUCUAACACCCUGGUCUCUCUGAUCUUUUCAUGUUCUCAGCUAGGAGCAAUCCACAUUGGUCGCUCACUUCAUUGCCACCUAGUUAAAAGUCACAUGGCUAACAACGUUUCAAUUGCCAAUUCUCUCAUAGAUAUGUAUGGGAAAAGUGGAAAUUUAAUCAUUGCACGAAGGAUAUUUAAUCAAACAAGGAGAGACGUUAUCACAUGGAACACAAUGAUGUCAGCUUAUACUCGUUGUGGGCAUUUUUCUGAGGCUAUUGCCUUAUUUGAUCAAAUGAUUUUGGGGAACUUGACUCCCAACUUGGCAACAUUGGUAACUGUGCUUUCAGCUUGUUCUCAUCUUGCAUCAUGGGAGAAAGGGGAAAGGAUUCAUUUUUACAUCAAGGAAGGAGGAUAUGAGAUCGGUCAAUCUCUUGCUACUGCAUUGAUUGACAUGUAUGCAAAAUGUGGGCAACUUGAGAAAUCGAGAGAGUUAUUCAAUUCAAUGAAGGAGAAGGAUGCAGUUUCUUGGAAUGUGAUGAUUUCAGGUUAUGGGAUGCAUGGAGAUGCAAAAUCAGCACUUCAGAUUUUCCAGCAGAUGGAGGAAUCAAAUAUUAAACCAAAUGCUCUUACCUUUCUUUCUCUUCUCAAUUCUUGUGCUCAUGCAGGCCUUGUUGAAGAAGGGAAGUUUUUGUUCAGUAGAAUGGAACAUUAUUCUGUAAAGCCGAAUUUGAAGCAUUUUACUUGCAUGGUGGACCUUCUUGGCAGAUCAGGUAAUCUCCACGAAGCUGAAGCCCUGGUUAUGUCAAUGCCCAUCACACCUGAUGGAGGUGUUUGGGGAGCUCUGUUAAGUGCUUGUGUUGUUCAUAAUGAAAUUGAGAUGGGAGUAAGGAUAGCAAAGCGUGCUAUUGAUUCUGAUCCUGAGAAUGAUGGGUACUAUAUUUUGAUUUCCAACAUGUAUAGUUCUAUGGGAUGGUGGGAGGAGGCAGAACAGGCCAGAGAAAUAUUGAAGGAAAGGGGCAUAGGAAAAAAAGCUGGUUGGAGUGCAAUGUAACAUAAAAAAAAAGACAUCCAUUCUG